GUGUGUGUGUGAGUGAGCGUGUGUGUGUGUGUGCCUGCGCGCGUGUGUGUGUCUGCUCUGCUGUUGCUGCCCUUUGAUCCCUGCAUUAGUGUUAGUUAGGGGCUCGGAGACACACUUGCACCGAGAGCAGCCAUAGUCAAGACACGGCAACAACAACAGCGGCACCUCCUCCGCCUGUGUUCCCAUUCCCCAACAAUACACUUUAAACCGAGCAAAGCCAGGUGCACGACCGAGUCCCUGCCAUCACUGGCGCCUCCAGUCUCAAUGGGAAAAACCUUUUUUCUUCUUAUCCCUAAACAAGGACGAGAAUGUGAUUAAAAACGGGGGAAAAUGCCAAGGAGGAAGCAGGAGCAACCCAAGCGCCUGCCUUCACAUGUGGACAGCAACGAGGAAGGGGGCCCUGAUGACGGUCCGGUGGAGGAGGAAGGCUGGUUUGGGAAUGCUUCUGACACGCGCUCAGAGUCGUCGUCCUACGGAGACACGCAGGAUGAGCUCCUCAUGGCCAGGGGCUCGUCUCCUGAUGAACGGCCUGGAGUCAGCAGCGGGUCCGGGGACCACGAUACCUGCGGAGGUGAGAGCUCAUUGGGUUGCCCCACACCCGUCCAUCGUGCCUCUUUGGAACUUCUCGGACUGGAUGGAGAUGCAUUCUCGGCCCAGGACACACUCUCCUCCGUGGUAUCAUCUCUGUACGGUGAGGCAGCGUCUCGCGCCCUGGGGAAACCCCUCAGCAGCAACCUGCGGCGCCUCCUAGAGGCCGGGUCGCUGAAACUUGACACUGGGGAGCUCCUGGGGCGGUCAUCCAGGGGGGGGGCUGGGGGGGAGUCUCCUCCAAUAGGUCUAGUUCCACCUUUGACCCUCUCACCGUCUUCCCACCAUGCCCAGCAGCUAAGUGCUCUUGCCCGAAAACUGGCCAAUAACAACAACAACAGCGGCUCAGCCUCCCCAGCCUCCUUGGCACCCUCAGUCACCAACAUUAAGCAAGAGCCCCUCGAUCCCUUUAACUCAGUCACCCCUAGCAAUGGCAGUGGCUUUGUAUGGGCAGGUGUUGCAGAUAAGUGGCCGCCGGCCAGCUGCUCCACGCCCUGCGGCUCCAGCCUGUCGCCGGACUCUGCCAUCCAGAAGUUAAAAGCAGCAGCAAACGCUGUACUUCAAGACAAGAAUGCCGUAGCCGCCUCGUCUACGAAUUCUUCCUCCUCCUCCACAUCGGCCUCGUCUGGAGUACCCACCCUGGGAGGGGGUGGCCGAGGGGACGAUGUGGUGCGCUUUGAUGCCUUCAACUCUCCGUUCAGCCCACAGUCAGCUAGCUCCACCCUCGCUGCCCUUUCCAAGAAAGUCAGCGAGCGGAGCCAAGCCUCGUCAACGACCAGCGCUGCGACUGACCACCAAUCCUCAGCCAGCUCCUUUCUGUCUCUCGUGUCAAUGACCUCCUCUGCUGCCUUGCUCAAAGAGGUGGCAGCCAGGGCGGCGGGAAACCUGCUGGCAGAGAAGAAGGACAGUUCCUCCUUGGCGACUGCUGGGGUCCUCCAAGAGGAUGUGAAGCCCCUGCUGGACAAGAACCACAAUUCUACCGCUCCCUCCACACCCACGCAGACCAUGGACAUGCUGUUGCCCUCUACUCCAAAUAGCAGAGGCAAACCCAACAGCCAAGCAGGCUCUCCUGAGGAUGGUGGCAAACCGUUCCAGUGUCCUGUGUGUGGACUGGUCAUCAAACGCAAGAGCUACUGGAAGAGACACAUGGUGAUCCACACAGGCUUGAAAAGCCACCAGUGUCCCUUGUGUCCCUUCCGCUGCGCUCGCAAAGACAAUCUCAAGUCCCACAUGAAGGUACAUCAGCACCAGGACCGGGGUGAGACGUUUCAGUGUGAACUCUGCCCCUUCACCUCCUCCCGACACUUCAGCCUGAAGCUUCACAUGCGCUGCCACCAGCACUUCCCCCGCACAGACGUGAAGGUGAAAGAAGAGCUCACCACGGACACGGAGGGCGAGGGCUCCCUGAUGGGUGACAGCGGCUCCGCAGACCUCAGAGGGACGGAGAUGUCGCCGCUGCACUCAGACUCUCGGCAGCAGGUGUCCCCUUCGCUCGAGGCCUCGUCCAAUCACGUCCACAUCAAGGAGGAGCCGCAGGAGAGAGAUCUGUCCGUGCUCUCCCCCUUCAGCAUGUGCAGGGACCGUCCCAUCAGCAGUGCCAACUCCCUGGACCUUCCCGGGGUCGGGGUCGGGCUCGGGCUCAGAUCCGGGCUCAGAUCCAGUCCUAGUGGUCCAACCAUAGCCUCCAUCUUCAGCCCUGACAUCACUACCAAGACGGCCACUGACCUGCUUAUGAAGCUUUCAGCGGCCAACCAGAGGGAGACGCUCAAGUCUCCAUUCCACAUGAAGGAGGAGCCCAAAGCGGAGGAAGCGUUGAGCCCCAGGCCCUCCUCCCAGUCCCAGAGCCAGGUACAGCCAAGCUUCCCUGCGACUUUCUGCCACAACGGGCCAAUGGGGGCAGCAGAGCGGCUGGGGUCCCUGAAGCAGAGGGAAGGAAGCCCCAUGAUGAAGAACAACCUGCUGAACCAGGACAUCAACAUUAAGGUGGCCUCUGAGCUGCUCAUGAAGCUCUCAGAGAACAGCAAAGACCAUUACCAGAGGGUGAAAGUAAAGGCAGAGCCCAUGGAGGUGGACCCGCCCCCUGCAGACCGCAGCCCCCCGGCCUCACACCGGCUGGCCUUCAGCACUUUAGGGGCGAGUGAGAAGACGGAGCCAUUGAGUAACCUCCCGGAGACGCUGGCCCGCCCCCAGAAAGACCUCUUCUCCCAAGACAUAUCGGUCAAAAUGGCCUCUGAACUUCUGUUCAAACUGUCAGAAAAAGUCAGCAAAGCCAACAACCACAAAGACAACAACAUGGUGGGAAUAAACAGUCCGUUUCUGGAUGAGUGCUUCAGACAAUCACCCUUUAACUCUCGCUCGAAGAGCUCUUCCCCCGCAGAAGCAAGCUCUUCUACCAGGGCACUAUUCCACGACUCAGAGAAGGACGACGGGGAGCUGGGAAACGGGAUCGCCCAGUGGAGACUAAACGAGCAGCUCUUCCCCUGUCCUGUCUGUGGCAAAGUGUUCGGUAGACAGCAGACUCUCUCCAGACAUCUGUCUCUACACACAGAAGAGAGGAAGUACAAAUGUCACCUUUGUCCUUAUGCAGCCAAGUGCAGGGCUAACCUCAAUCAGCACCUGACCAUCCACUCUGUGAAGCUGGUCAACACGGACGCCGAGCAGAUCGUCAGCGCUGUGACCGCCGAGUCCGCCGAGCGCAAGAACUGCCUGUACUACUACAGCUGCCAUGUGUGUGAUUUCCAGACCGAGCUGAACGCCCAGUUUGUCAGCCACAUGUCGCUCCAUGUGGACAAGGAGCAGUGGAUGUUCUCGCUGUGCUGCAGCAUCUGCGAGUACGUCUGCAUGGAGGAGAACGACAUGAAGAACCACAUUAGUACGGGACAUGCAGGUCUGAACUCGAGGAGUCCCCUCAGCGAGACCAAGAGCACCUCCUCGUCCCUCUCGGCCCUCAGCGACUCACUGAACAGCUGCGAGGGCGGAGACCUCACCCACGUUAACGAAGAGCUCAGGGGUCUGCUCGCCCUGCCCUCCUCUGCCGGCAGCCAGUCCAGCUCUGGGAGCCACUCGGGGUCCGGAACUGAGGACAAGUCUGAAAAAGGCUUCGAGUGUGUCUUCUGCAAUUUUGUGUGCAAGACGCGUAGCAUGUACGAACGGCACCUGCAGAUCCACCUCAUCACGCGAAUGUUCGAGUGCGACGUCUGCCACAAGUUCCUCAAGACGCCCGAGCAGCUGCUGGAGCACAAGAAGUGUCACACCGUCCCCUCCGGAGGGCUCAAGUGCCCUUUCUGCAUCUACUCCACCAAUCGACCAGCGGCCAUGGAGUGCCACCUGAAGACGCACUGUAAGAUGGAGUACCGCUGCCGCAUCUGCCAGGGCCUGUGGCCCGACCAGGCCUCAUUGGAGGCCCACAUGCGCGGGCACCGCCUGGGCAACCACUACAAGUGUGAGCAGUGUGGCUACUUGUCCAAGACGGCCAACAAGCUGAUCGAGCACGUGCGUGUGCACACGGGCGAGCGGCCCUUCCACUGCGACCGCUGCUCUUAUAGCUGCAAGCGCAAGGACAACCUCAACCUGCACAAGAAGCUGAAGCACGCGCCGCGCCAGACUUUCGGCUGCCAAGAGUGCCCUUUCACCACCACACACCCCUUCGUCUUCAGCCGCCACCUCAAGAAACACCAGAGCGGAGGAGCGGGGGGACUGGACGGGGGUCUGGGAGAAGAAGAAGAAGAAGAAGAAGAAGGGGAGGAAGAAGAUGAGGAGGCGGGAGAGGAGGAGCUGCCACUCCAGGGAUCCUCACCAGGGGGCUCCUCGCUGCGGACGGGUCAGGAGAACUUCCUGUUCUGCAGAGGAGGGGGGAGCAGCGGGGGGAGUGGGAGUAACAGCCCGCUCAUGAGCCUGACGGCGUCCCAGGCGCUGCAGUCCGUCGCCCUGUCCCUCACUCUGGGUAAGCCCCAGGGCGCCGGCGGCCCCCUGCACUGCUUACUCGGCACUAACGGAAACAGCGGUUGCAGGACCCCCGGCGGCCCGAGCGGCGGCCCCUCCCUCUUCUUCCCCUCCUCCCGCCACCUGUUGGAGCAGUACAGGAACUACGACCGGGCGCACCUGAUGCCCCUCACCACCCUGUUCACCCAAAACAGCCGCUUCACAUUCCACUCGCACCCCCACUCCAGAUGGCGGCCCGCUACCUCUCCUCUCCUCUUCGCCUCCAACUCGGCGUCCCCCUCCCGCUCUCCACACUCACCCUCCUCCCACAAACACUCCUUCAUGGCCUACCUGGGACUGAUGGAGAGAGCCAAGACUGUUUGACCUCACCCUGCUCACCCUCCUCGUCCUCCUCCUCCUCCUCACCCUCCCCCUCCCUCCUCGGACGGUGGUGUGAAUGACACUGAACCACCGCAGUGGGAGCCACGUCUUUUCCAAUCAGAACCAGCAGGAUAAGCUGGACCAGACAAACAGAUUGAAAAAAAGAAAGGAAACAUUUAUAAGAGAAAAAGGCUGUACAUGCUAAAAAUGCAUUUAUAUCAAAAAGCUGCUUUUCUUAUCAGUUCUAUCAAUUGAAUUAUUACUACUUCAGCUACUACUCUCUAUUACCUUAUUUUCCGUUUUUAAAUGUCUGAAUGACUUGGACCCAGUUGCAUUAUCUGAGGAAACUAACGUAUCUCAGUUUUAUAGAUUUGUUUUCGUUAGUCGUUUGACGAGAUAAAAAGAUGAAACAAAACUUGCAAGUGCUAUAUUUUAGUGCAUUUUUGUCUAUUGCUAUUAUGCAUCGAAAUAGCAUGCCUGUGUUUCAACUAGCUUUGACGUCAUUAGGAAGCUACAUUUGAGAUAUCCUGAAGUGUUAGCGGUGCAACGUGGACAGAACCAAUGAAACGGAUUGCUUUUCAUUGUAAAAGGCACGUUUCCAAAGCAACGCCUCAAACCACGCACUUACUUAUUUAUCAGUCUUGUACAUAGUUUUGUAGCCCCUCCCCCUCCCAUCUUUUUGAUUUCUGUUGGAUUUUUGUAUAAUGGUGAAAACAUGUUAUGCAUAGCAGCUGCCUGAUAUCACCUCUGUCUCAGAAUAUCCUUUAAAUGGAUAACUAGCUCAUUUCAAUCGGUUUUUUUGUAAGCUCACCAAACAGAAGAUAAGCUGUGAUAAUGUAAAUAAGGAGAAUCUGACCUAUCAUGAGGAGAACUAUCGUACAUUUAUUACUAAUGAUUUGAAUAUAAACGUAAGAUGAUGACAAUGAAUUUGCACUUACAGAUAAAUAAGCGGUGAAUUAUAGAGACAUUUUAUUUCUGAGACCAGGUGGUAGCGGCGCAGCUUCACAUGCAGAACGGUGUAUCACGCACCUAUACUUAGAAGAGAUAUAUGAGAUAACUGUUUUGUGGAGGUGACCAGCUCUGGGUUAGCGAGCUUCCCACAGCCCCGGUCACCACAGGCCGAUUCAAUGGUGCUUUUUGGAGCUUUUUGUAAUUUUUGUGUACAAAAAAAAAGAAAAAAACUGUUCCAAAAUGACUUGAAUGAAUGUAUUUUUGUUUAUGUACAUGAAAAAGAAGCGAUACAGAAGUGUGAACAGGGACGUCUUCUGUGCUGGAAAAGACGGGAAAGUUAGUGUGUUUGGUGGCCUUCUGUGUCUUUUGGGUUGUUUUUCAUUUUUUUUUUUUUUUUUUUACUUUUUUUACUGAGCCUUUUACAUCAUAAUAAAACAUUUUCUACUAACAUUCAUAAGAGAACCCAUCGUGCGAAAAAGGUCCUGUAGGUGCAAUGAUGAAGCAAAGCCAUUCACUUGUACAGCGUUGUGUUCAAUGGCUUCUGUUAGGCCCGGCAGACAUGGUACUGCUUUUUGUCCCUCCUUUUGAGUUUUAAUUGCACUUAAUGUAGUUACAUUUCAAGCCAAAAGCACUUAAACCUUUAAUUUUCCUUUUUUUGAAGUGCAAACUUAGAUCCACCAUGUCACCAUAAUGUGAAGUGGACAGUUGUUGCUGUAAAUGACUCAAUCAACACCCCUUAGUUUCACAUGUAGGCGUUUCUAGCAGUGCAAAAGUCCUGCCUGUGUGAAAUCAGAGAACGUAAAUUAAUACAAAUUGCACGAAUUAGACGGUAGAGGUCAAGCUCUCCCUGGGUACUAAAGGUCCCAGGCUAAAUUGUGAUAGCCAGUUUUGCACAGUGCUGCACUUUUUGAUUAAGAGAAUAUGUAUUUAUCCGUAAAAUGCUCAAAAGGAGGUAUGUUUGCGAGAUACGGCAGCAAAGUACAAGCAUUUUAUUUUGAAAUAAAGCUUUACCCUAUUCAUAGCGCCUGUGUUUUUAAGUGGUCUUCAAGCCAAAAUCCCUUAUUGUAAAAGGGAUUGUUUUUUUAUGUUCCUUAUGUUCUCCGUGUGUCUAUUGUACUCAUGCAUUUUCUUAUAUGGAAUCAUUGUUGCUUUUUAUUUUAUUUUUCUACUUAACUAUGUCAGAAAGAUGUUGAUUGGACAGAGAGAUCAUGAAUUGUCGAGACCAAAAUGUAACUCGCGGCAGGACGUGAUGUUAGGAUUGAAUCCGUCACGUCCUGCUGUGGAGCGAUGCCUCGAUUGUCCCCUUUACACUGUUUGUUUGUUCCUUUUUGCUCUAUCAAUGUCUGGCAUGCUGUCUCUGGAGUGAAAGGAGCAUCCUUCCAACACACACACACACACACACACACACACACACACACACACACACACACACUCACUCUCUCUUCUUGUACUAUCUCUGUUAUCUUUUAUACUCUAGUGCCACUUGGUGGAAGGAAACCACCUGAGACUUCUGAGAAUGAGUCAAACUAAUUGUCAGGGUCCAAAAGAUUUAAGAAAAUUUAAGAUAAAAAGAAUGUGUCUACUCUUGACACCUUUUUUUUUUAAAUGUCUGCCUUUUUUAUUACAGCGUAAUCAUGAAUGGCUGCACUUCUGUAUGCCCCCCCCCCCCUAGUUUGAGUGUAAUGUUAAAACAGGGCUCUAUCUGUUUAUAAAACCAAUAUUCUUAAGCACUUAUUUUUAUUUUGCCCAUUUGUAAGUCGCACAGUGACCUUUUCUUUAAGAAAAAAAAGCUUGACUACCUUUUCAGCACUUCAGAGUAUGCAUGAAAUUGCCCUCUCUAGUUCUUCAGCACUUAAUUGUGUUUAAAACUAACCCCCUCGGUUGCAUUUAGUUAGCAUCACACUGCACUGUCUACAAUCAGUUAGCUUUAAGUUUGGCUGUACGUUAUGAUUAGAAAAGGCUCAGCUAUCUUAUCUUUUGGCACUCGGUAAAGAUUGGUAUGUGCUGUACAAAGCUUUUUUUUAUUACUCCAUUGUUAAGGCUGUACAGGGUUGUGACGAUAACUGGUAAAUAGAUCAUUUGUACUUUUUUGGUUUUGUAUUUGUUUUUCUUUGUUUGGCAUUAUUUUAUGUUCAACUUGCCAGGUCUAAAUGUAACAGGAUUUGAAAGUAAAGCUUACAUCAGAUAUUACGUCA